AACGUCAGACGCUGGGACUCGUGACGUAAGAUCGUAUUCGUGGUCUUGCCCGGUGUAGGAAGUGAGGCAUUUGUGUUUUAUGUCAACUAUUAUGGAAAGUUGAUUCCCUGGAGCACACAGUGAGGUUUUUACUGCCUUGACUGAAACACUAUCUCUUACCACCUCCGGUAAUUGAUCAUUUUCAUUUCAGAAAAAUGAAGACAGUGUUAAUGGUAGCGGAGAAGCCAUCCCUGGCACAGUCUAUUGCCAAGAUCUUGUCUCGUGGUAAUUCAUCGUCUCGAAAAGGGCUAAAUGGAGCAUGUUCUGUGCACGAAUAUGUUGGAACAUUUAUGGGACAAAAUAUCUGUUUUAAGAUGACUUCGGUGUGUGGUCAUGUAAUGACUUUGGAUUUCACAGGAAAAUACAACAACUGGGAUAAAGUAGACCCUGCCGAAUUGUUCAGCAAAGCACCAACUGAAAAGAAAGAAGCCAACCCCAAACUUAGCAUGGUGAAAUUUUUACAGGUAGAAGCAAGAGGCUGUGACUAUAUUGUUCUCUGGCUGGAUUGUGAUAAGGAAGGAGAGAACAUCUGCUUUGAAGUUCUAGAUGCUGUGCUUCCUGUUAUGACCAAGGCACGUGGAAAUGAAAGGACGAUCUACCGAGCCAAGUUCAGUUCCAUCACAGAUACGGAUAUCUGCAAUGCCAUGAACCGACUGGGAGAACCUAACCGAAAUGAAGCAUUGUCUGUGGAUGCACGUCAGGAAUUAGACCUUCGCAUUGGAUGUGCUUUCACUAGGUUUCAGACAAAAUAUUUUCAGGGAAAGUAUGGGAAUUUGGACAGUUCUCUUAUCUCUUUUGGACCAUGCCAGACCCCAACCCUUGGAUUCUGUGUUGAGAGGCAUGAUAAGAUUCAGUCUUUUAAGCCAGAGACAUACUGGGUGCUACAAGCUAAGGUGAGUCAAGGUAAUGACUGUACCCUAACUCUUGACUGGGACAGAGUAAGAGUAUUUGACAGGGAAAUCGCCCAGAUGUUCCUGAAUAUUUCAAAAACAUCGAAGGAAGCCAAGGUGGAAUCUGUAAGCAAGAAGGAAAAGGUGAAGCAGCGACCUUUGGCUUUGAAUACUGUUGAAAUGUUGCGAGUUGCCAGUUCUGCCCUAGGAAUGGGCCCCCAGCAUACCAUGCAAGUAGCAGAACGACUGUAUACCCAGGGGUAUGUAAGCUAUCCUCGAACAGAGACCACCCAUUACCCAGAGAACUUUGACUUGAAAGGAACCUUACGACAGCAGGCAAAUAAUUCCUUCUGGGGUGAAUCGGUGAAAUCAUUGCUGUCUGAAGGUAUUAACCGACCCAGGAAAGGUGUUGACGCAGGCGACCAUCCUCCCAUCACACCUAUGCGAUCAGCUUCAGAAAGUGAACUAGGCAAUGAUGGCUGGAGGUUGUAUGAAUACAUCACUAGACAUUUCAUAGCUACAGUUAGCAAUGACUGUCGAUAUCUACAGACUACAAUAUCUUUCAGAGUGGGAGAGGAAAGCUUUAUCUGUUCAGGGAAAACUCUAAUCUCUGCUGGUUACACUGAAGUGAUGCCAUGGCAGAGCAUUCCUUUAGAAGAGAAUCUUCCAACUUGUGAGAGGGGAGACGUUUUUCAGCUGGAUGAAGUGAAAUUAUUGGAGAAGCAGACCAAUCCACCUGAUUAUUUGACUGAGGCAGAGCUCAUUUCUUUAAUGGAGAAGCAUGGGAUAGGAACGGAUGCUAGCAUUCCAGUACACAUUAACAACGUCUGUCAGCGAAAUUAUGUGACUGUUGAGACUGGCCGUAGGCUGAAGCCCACCAAUCUUGGCAUAGUUCUUGUUCAUGGGUACUACAAGAUAGAUCCUGAACUGGUGCUGCCCACAAUUCGCAGUGCUGUGGAGAAGCAGUUAAACUUGAUUGCCCUUGGAAAGGCUGAUUUCAAGCAGGUGCUUGAGCACACCUUGAACAUAUUCAAGCGGAAGUUUCACUACUUUGUUGACUCUAUUGGUGGUAUGGAUGAGCUGAUGGAAGUAUCAUUUUCACCUUUGGCAGCAACAGGCAAGCCCCUAUCCCGCUGUGGCAAGUGUCAUCGUUUCAUGAAAUAUAUCCAGGCAAAGCCAAGCCGUCUUCAUUGCUCCCACUGUGAUGAGACCUACAGUCUGCCUCAGAAUGGCACUAUCAAGCUGUAUAAGGAACUGCGCUGCCCACUGGAUGACUUUGAACUGGUGCUGUGGUCUUCGGGAUCUCGAGGGAAAAGUUACCCAGUCUGCCCAUACUGUUACAGUCACCCACCAUUCCGGGACAUGAAAAAAGGCAUGGGAUGUAAUGAGUGCACACACCCAACUUGCCAGCACUCACUUAGCAUGCUUGGAAUCGGGCAAUGUGUGGAAUGUGAGAAUGGAGUUCUUGUGCUGGAUUCGACUUCUGGUCCCAAGUGGAGGAUGGCCUGCAAUAAAUGCAAUGUGGUGGUUCACUUUUUUGAGAAUGCUUAUCGGGUAAAAGUAUCACCAGACUCUUGCGACUCCUGUGAGGCUGCACUGGUCGAUGUGGACUUUAAUAAGGCUAAGUCUCCACUACCAGGGGAUGAAACCCAACAUGUAGGGUGUGUUUUCUGUGACCCUGUUUUCCAGGACUUGGUAGAACUGAAGCAUGCUGCAAUGAAACACCCUAUGCAUCGGGGAGGAGGAGGGAGGGGUAGAAGCCGAGGAAGGGGCAGGGGUCGGAGACCAGGAGGCAGAGGAAACCCCAAGAAGCCAAGAGACAAAAUGGCAGCUUUAGCUGCUUACUUCCUUUGAGAUGAUUGUUGCAUUAGGGCUAGUAAAUUUAAAAUAUUUUUAUUGGUCAUCUCACUAAGAAUAAAAGUGAUUGAUAAAGA